AUGGCCUCUGUUAAACCUUCCUGGUCUGAAGAGAACUUUUCAUGUUCCAUCUGUCUGGAUGAGUUCAGUAGCCCAGUUACCAUACCAUGUGGACACAACUUCUGCAGAAACUGUAUUAUUAUGUUCUGGGAUAAACAAAUCCAGUACAAAUGUCCUGUUUGCAAUGAGCUUUUCCAAGCAAGACCUGAUCUACGUGUCAAUAACCUUUUAUCAGAGAUGGCUGCUCAGAUUAAAACGUCUGUUCGAAUAAAAGUGCAGCCUUGUGUUGAACCAGGAGAAGUUCCCUGUGACGUCUGUACUGAGACCCAGCUGAAGGCCGUGAAAUCCUGCCUCGCGUGUUUUAUGUCUUACUGCCAAAACCACCUGGAGCCACAUCAUAGAGUCGCAGUCCUGAAGAGACAUCAGCUGGUCGAGCCUAUGGACCGUCUGGAAGACAGGAUGUGUAAGAAACACGACCGGCUUCUGGAGCUCUUCUGCCAGAGUGAACAGGUGUCUGUGUGUCAGUUCUGCACAGAGACAGACCACGGGUCCCAUCCUGUUGUACCUCUAAAGGAGGAAUAUGAAGUGAAGAUGGCCCAGCUGGGGAAGAUAGAGUCUGAUGUUCAGCAGAUGAUCCAGGAGAGAAAUAUAAAGAUUAAGGAGAUCAAAGACACAGUAGAAAUGGGCAAGAAAGAUGCACACAGAGAGAUAGCCGAUGGUGUGCAGGUCCUCACUGCUUUGAUGCGCCGCAUUGAAAAGUUACGGGAUGAUUUCAACCAAACGGUUAAAGAGAAACUAAAAUCCACAGAGAAACAAGCUGAAGACCUCAUCAAAGAGCUGGAGCAGGAAAUAGAAGAUCUGACCAAUAGGAGCUUAGAGGUGAAGCAGCUCUCACACACUAAAGACCAUCUCAACUUCCUCCAGGCCUUCAGAUCCCUGAAGGAUCCUCCACCCACCAGAGACUGGACGACGGUGGAGGUUCGUCCUCCGUCAUACGUAGGGACCUUGAGGAGAUGCCUGGAUCAGCUGGAGGAGACACUUAACAUGGAGAUGAAGAAGACACUGAACAUGGAGAUGAGGAAGCUGCGUGGUGCUGAACUGAAGAGGGUCCAGCAGUAUGAAGUAGAUGUGACUCUGGAUCCUGAUACAGCUCAUCGCCAGCUCAUCCUGUCUGAAGAUGGGAAACAAGUACAUGUUGGAGGUGUAGUGAAGGAUCUCCCAGACAACCCUAAGAGAUUUACAGUGAAAAUAUUUGUUCUCACGAGGCAGAGCUUCUCCUCAGGGGGAUUUUACUUUGAGGUCCAGGUUAAAGACAAGACUGCAUGGCAUUUAGGGGUGGCCAGAGAGUCCAUCAACAGAAAAGGUCUCAUCAUAUCAACCCCUGAGAGAGGUUACUGGACUAUUUUAUUCAACAAGAAUAAGUUGGUAUUUAAUGAUAACCCAAAUGUUCGUCUCCCUCUGAGAGCUGAGCUCCAGAAGGUGGGGGUGUUUGUUGAUUAUGAUGAGGGUCUGGUCUCCUUCUAUGAUGUGGAAGCCAGGGUUCAUAUCUACUCUGCUACCGGCAGCUCCUUUACUGAGCCUCUCUAUCCAAUCCUGUCUCCAUGUUUACAUGAAGGCGGUAUAAACACUACCCCUCUGAUCAUAUCACCUGUCAAUCAAGCUGACUAG